AACAACUUGAAAACUACUUCACAAUACGGAUCGGAGUACUAAAUAAAAGGUCGAUCAUAAUUCAUAAACCACAGGAAACAGCCAAAGGUUUCUAAUCAGAGACGAAGAUGAAGCUUCCUCUCUCUUCUUCUUCUUCCUCAAUAUCUCUCCUGAAGAAGGUCCGUCUCUCUCCUUUUCUCCUCACUCUUCUCGCCUUCAUCAUCGUCCUCGCCAUUCUCUACACCGAAGAUUUCUCCUCCUCCCAAUCCAACCAGAAUCUCCCGAUAUCACUCCCCGAAAUCAAGAAGAAGGGGCAGAAAUUGGCGUUUGCGGUCGGAGAGACAGAGGAAGGAUGCGAUGUAUUUAGCGGGAGGUGGGUCCGGGACGAGGAGAAGAGACCGCUGUACGAGGAAGAAGAGUGUCCGUACAUACAGCCGCAAUUGACCUGCCAGAAACAGGGCCGGCCGGAAAAGGGCUAUCAGCAGUGGAGAUGGCAGCCUCACCGUUGUUCUCUUCCCAGCUUUAAUGCGACAAUGAUGCUGGAAAGCCUUCGAGGGAAGAGGAUGAUGUUUGUGGGGGAUUCCUUGAACCGGGGCCAGUUUGUCUCCAUGGUUUGUCUUCUCCAUAAAAUUAUCCCAGAGAAAGCCAAAUCUAUGCAAGAAAAUGGCUCACUCACCGUUUUCACGGCUAAGGAUUAUAAUGCGACAAUCGAGUUCUACUGGGCACCAUUUCUUCUAGAGUCGAAUUCAGAUGAUGCAAUCGUACAUAGGAUACAAGACAGAGUGGUUCGUAAAGCUUCUAUAAACAAACAUGGCAAACAUUGGAAAGGGGUUGACAUAACCGUCUUCAACACUUACCUUUGGUGGAUGAUUGGUGUAGACUUCAAAAUACAGCAAUCAGGGAGAAUUGAAGAUAAAGAGAAAGAUGUUGUGAUAAUGCCAACGGAUGAUGCUUAUCGUAUGGCAAUGAAAAGUAUGGUGAGAUGGGUGAAGAAAAACAUGGACCCAAAGCGAACAAGAGUCUUCUUCACCAGUAUGUCCCCUUCUCAUCAAAGGGGUCAAGAUUGGGGAGGUGAAACAAGUGAGAAUUGUUACAAUCAAACAACACUGAUAGAAGAUCCCAACUAUUGGGGAUCAGAUUGCAGAAGAAGCAUAAUGCAAGUGAUUAGUGAGGAAUUUGAAAAGUCAAGAGUCCCAAUAACAUUUUUAAAUAUAACACAGCUAUCAAGUUAUAGGAGAGAUGCACAUACAUCAAUCUACAAAAAGCAAUGGAACCCUUUGACUCCUGAACAGCUGGCCAACCCAAUUAGCUAUGCUGAUUGUGUACAUUGGUGUUUGCCUGGACUUCAAGACACAUGGAAUGAACUUUUAUUUGUCAAACUCUUUUACCCUUGAUUUUAUUUUUUGCUUUCCUUUUGUACAAAAUAUAUGGCAACUAUAUACUUGGUAUAUAAACUAAAGCUUUUUGCAUGUAAGAUGGCUUCCCUUGAGUGGAAAUGAAAUGUUUCAAUACUUGAUAUGUUUCGAAAUGUUAUUUUUCAAAAAUUUAAAGUAUAAA